AUGGCAGUGCAGCCAGGAGAGGGCAGGGCAGAAGAAGAAAAACAUCUACACGCAGAUUGAAAUUAGAGUAAUUGAGAAAAACGCAAUGGCUCAAAAGAUGUUGAUGAUGGCGGUCCUUGUGAUAUUGGGGACGAAGAUAGCGACAUUUACGGCUGCGGAUCCGACUUGUUUGCAGAGCUUGAUGUCUUGUGCUCCUUACUUCAACAACGCCACUCUCCAACUGAAAGGCGAUUGCUGUAACCCUCUCAGACAAGCCGUCGCUACUGAACUUACUUGCCUUUGCAGCCUCAUUAAUAACUCUACUUUGCUUAGUUCUUUCAACAUCAACAUCCCCAUCCCUGCAGCUCUUAGGAUCACUCGUGGCUGCGGUGUCACUGAUAAGAUGAACGGCUGCAUCCCCGCUACUCUCACCCCUGCUCCUUCCCCAUCAGCUACUUCUCCCAAGGCUGCUCCACUCAUCACCAGGAGGUGAAAGUGGAGGUGUCAACAAGAUAACUUUGACCAGAAUCAUCACUUUGUUGUUUUUUUUAAAGCAUCUAUAGCUCUGUACUAUGGUGACAUGUUUCCUACAUAAGUUGAUGGGGUGAUUUCAUCUCAUAAUAAAUAAUAAAUAAUAAAUAAUAAAUAAUAAAGAGAGCAUUUCAAGUUUA